AUGGCCGCUUUGCUUUCACGACGUUGGUGGCUUCAGCAGUUGGAGGUUCGUGAUGAUGAUGACUCACAAUUGACUUACAUCCAGUCUUUUCUCUCGAAUGAUGACCUCCGCCCUGUUCUCCCUGAAAAGCGUACAUGGGCAGCAUGGAACUACGUGACUUACUGGUUAGCUGAUAGCUUCAACAUCAAUACAUGGAUGAUCGCAUCUUCAAUGAUACAAUUGGGACUGUCAUGGUGGCAGGCCUGGCUCUGUGUCUGGAUCGGUUAUGGAGUUGUUACUCCAUUCCUUGUCUUGAAUGCUCGCCCCGGGGCGGUGCAUCACAUUACAUUCCCUGUCGUCGCUCGGGCAAGCUUUGGACUAUGGGGGAGUCUGUGGUGUGUGUUUAACCGCGCUGCCAUGGCUUGCAUCUGGUACGGUGUUCAAGCCAGCAUAGGUGGGACUUGUGUCUUGGUCAUGUUACGAGCAAUGUGGCCGAGCGUGAACAACAUCCCCAACUCGAUGCCCGUGUCAUCCGGAACCAAUACGCGGGACUUUAUGUGCUUCUUUCUAUUCUGGCUUAUCUCUCUGCCAGCAAUAUGGUUCCCUAUACAUAAAAUACGGCACUUCUUCACACUCAAGGCUAUUGUCGUACCCAUUGCUGCGCUAACAUUCUUUGUGUGGUGCAUCAUUAAAGCACAUGGUGUGGGCCCCAUCGUACGUCAACCAGCACGCAUUCAUGGCUCGCAAAUGAGCUGGGCAAUGGUCGUGAGUUUCAUGUCCUGUAUCAGCAACUCAAUCACGCUUGUGACAAAUGCACCCGAUUUUGCGUCUCGAGCUAGAAGGCCAUCUGAUGCCGUCCUUCCUCAACUCAUUGGAGCACCAUUGUGCUAUGGGGUCGUGUGCUUCAUUGGGAUCAUUGUCAGUUCCUCAUCAGAAGCAAUCUACGGUCAGCCCAUAUGGUCUCCCAUUGACUUGCUUGGCAUGUUUUUGGACGGCGAGCCCUCGCACGCCACGAGAUUUGGAGUGUGGUUCAUUGCAGUGGCAUUCAUCAUCGCUCAGACCAUUCGUCGGGGAGGCUAUAUCGCUGCCAUUGUCGGGUUGUGUAUGACACCAUGGAACCUCUUAAAGAGUAGCAACAAUUUCACGACGUAUCUGUCGGCAUAUUCAGUCUUUCUGAGCUCCAUUGCCGGUGUAAUGAUAACAGACUACUAUUUGGUGCAUAAAGGGCACUACUACGUGAAGGACUUAUACAGUACUGACAGGUCUGGAUGGUAUUGGUACACCUACGGAGCAAACUUGAGAGCAUAUGCCGCAUACAUUGCAGGAAUAUCAAUAAAUGUUGUUGGUUUUGCUGGAGCGACUGGGCGCACUGUGCCGCUGGCAGCAACUCGCAUCUAUGAGCUAUCGUUCUUUACCGGAAUGGGCGUGUCCGGUCUAGUGUACUGGAUGUUGAAUCAAGCAUUCCCCGCGCGUGGUGCUGCUAAAUCAUUCAAGGAGAUAGAUUUGUCCGCGGAAACAAAUGAUAUCGAGUCAGACCAUGACUUCGAUGAGAAAAGUGCUAUUGUGGAUGUAACAGAGAGUAUAGCAUCGGCUUCUGUAUAA